AUGCCCGACCGCAUUGAGAUCCAGGCCAAGCCCUUCUACUAGUUUCCAUUUCUACACGCCCUUUUCCUCGACCCCAGCCCUCGUCGCCUUCAUCUAUCAAAUAUGCAACAGAGUGGAGGAUCUGAAACAGAGGUGACAUGGGAGGAUCAGCAGAACAUUAACAAAUUCGGAAGACUAAACAACAGAUUUCACGAGCUCGAAGAUGAGAUCAAGAUGGCCAAGGAAACAAAUGAAAAUCUGGAGGAUGCAAGCAAUGAGUUGAUUCUCACAGACGAGGAGAUGGUCCGCUUCCAGAUAGGAGAGGUUUUUGCUCAUGUGCCGAAGGAAGAAGUUGAGGAGAGAAUAGAACAGAUGAAAGAGGUGACUAGUAAGAAGUUGGAGAAACUAGAGGAGGAGAAGGAUUCUGUAGUUGCACAGAUGGCAGAACUGAAAAAGAUUUUGUAUGGGAAGUUUAAGGAGUCAAUCAAUCUAGAGGAGGAUUAGUGGGAAGUUCAAGCAUUCCCCCCAUCUGGCUCCUUCUCUUUUAAUAUUGUGUGUUUCCCUGUCGCUAGGAUGUAUGUGGGGAAUUGUUGAUUAUUUUUCUUUACAAUAUGAUAUCAAUGGCUCAUUUGAGGAUUAUUCCCAUUUGCCGUCUUUACCGUCAAUUCACGGCUUCCCUU